UCCCAAUGGAGACAGGUAAUUUUUCAACGACCAGUGGAUUUUCCGACGAGUGCUUGAAGUCGAUUCUUCGGUUCAUGGAUGCGAAUCAGCGAUUCCACCUCUCCCAGCAAUGCCCAUCUCUGCGAUCCUUUGAGAAGUCAGUGCCACUUUACGUCUAUGAGCUCACCCUCCUACAGGACAAGCUUUUCGUGAACGCGGUGGAGUAUCAACUCGGCGAUGGGCAGCUUACCGUGCUCGACAAGCGGACCGGCCAGCAAAUCCGUGAGCCCUCACGUCACUCCAUGGAGGAUCUCAUUUCCCGACUGCUCAGUGGAUACCAGGAGCCUCUGAGCAUCGGGCUUCUUCUCAUCCCCAAUUCGGAAGUCUUAAAGUUCCCGGAGUCCCUGAAAGUGAAGGCUCUCUGCUUGACGAUCCAAUCCAACGUGGCUUCGGUGAUGGGCUCGCUGAGCAAGAUGCUUGAUGAGAAGAGCUUCCCGCUUCGUAGGCUCUAUGUGAUUGGGCACAAGGAUUUUGAGAAAUUCGAGAACUUCAGUCACGAUGCUUGCAAAAACGCAAAGAAGCUGGUGAUCCUGGGACGUUCGGUGCCGGUUUCUUUCCUUUGCAGCCUUCCGAACAAGAGGAUUCAUUUGGAGAGCGCGGACGACUACACGGUCGACGAUUUUAUGCGGCUUAUCGAGAAAUGGGCCGAUGGGACUACGGAGAAUAUCAAAACUGCCGGUAAUUUCCACUACAAGUUCACGCUGUCAAAUCCGGAGCUGGUGAAGCAAGUGUUCGCGUUGUCUGAGGUGCUUGGCGACGCCGGAAAGAAGGAUCCGAUCAAAUUUUUUGGAAAAGUAUGCGAAGAGUUCCCCAAUGUGAUUGUCUACACCGUGAGUGACACCAUGGAAAUCUACGCGUACUGUGAAAAGAAGAGCCCCGAGAAAUGGUUGCUCACCAUCACAAUCGACCGAGUUGGCCUCAACAAGUUGUACUAUAUGAUUGAAACAUUGCUCGACGAGUUUAUGGACAAAGUGGAGGGAGUUGGAAAGUCGAAGCAUUUGUGUCGUUAUUAAAUUUUGUAUAGAAUUUUAUUGUGUUUUAUAAUAGUAAUUAAAUAAAUUGGAAUAUCU